CUCUGGUGACUUCGUCGGAGUUCAAUUCGCUUUAGGAUUCCCUUAAGGGGAUGCCGAAGCCUUAACGUCACGCACUACGAAUGCAAUCGCGUAUAGAACGAUACGCGCGUGCACUAUGUGAUUACGCGGUCGAGCAACGGUGUAGUACGUACGCACGACGACCUGGAGCCCUACUCUCUGCGGUUGUAAACAUUAACGUGUAACCCACACGCGCGUAUCAGCGGGUCUUCCGUUAUGAAUGCUUAUAACAGAGGUGCAUCUGGCAUAUCAGGGAAUGCCUUUGAUUGCUGGGUUCAAAAGUCUAUGCAUGACGACUCUGCCAUCAUAAAAAUGCAAUACCAGUUCUGGGUGAGAAAGCAGGCUUUGUCCCAGAAAUUAGGGAAGAAGGAGGAUGAGUGUAUAGUUGCUUCGGAUGCUGAGCUGGAUGCAAAGCUAGAAUUAUUCCGCAGUAUCCAAGAUUCCUGUUCCUACUUACAAAGAGUUAUUGAUAGAUACCAAGAAAGAUUAUGCAAUUUAGCCCAAGAGGAAAAUGGAAUGGGACGUUUUUUGAAAGAUGCCGGAAAGCAAGACAAAACUCGUGCCGGCAAGAUGAUGUCAGCAGUCGGCAAAUCUCUGUCUUAUUCUGGUCAGCAGAGGCUUGCGUUGAGAGCUCCUUUGGGUCGAUUAUAUCAAGAAGUGGAAACAUUUAGGCAAAGAGCUAUUGAAGAUACAUUGCAAAAUGUGCAAGCGAUGGAAAAGGCCCGUACGGAAUAUAGAGCUGCUCUAUCAUGGAUGAAAAAUAUUUCUCCUGAUUUAGAUCCAGACACGUCCAAACAACUGGAAAAAUAUAAAAAAGUUCAAGCACGAGUUAAACAGGGCAAAACAGUUUUUGACAAUCUAGCCCUUGACUGUCUUCAGAAGGUUGAUUUACUGGCGGCAGCAAGGUGUAACAUGUUCAGUCAUGCCUUAGUUUUAUACCAAACUACACUCCUGAAUUUCACAAAGAAAUCUGCACAAGCAUAUUCCACAAUAGCUAAUAGUUUUAAAGGCUAUCAACGUUACGACUUCACAGUUGUGCGAGAAUUGGCUGAAACCUCCAGUAAAUUGGCACAGGAAACUGGUGGUGAUGACGAUUUAGAAGACAAGGAUAAAUUACCAUUUUUCGACAUGGAUUAUCACGAUGAUGUUGAGGAGGCUCAAGAAGCAAAUUCAGAAAGCACAUCAGAGAAAAAUAAAAAAGAUGAGAAACUCUUGGACAUAGAAAAUGAGUCAAAGGAUACAUUAAUACAUUUGGAUACGGGUACAAAUUCUUCGAAAAAUGGAAUCGUGCAUAGUACCGACGACACAGACAAAAGUCUCGAAGAGUUCUUUGGAAAUCUUAUCCUGGAAAAAGAUGCGUCCAAUAAUACUGAACAAUCGGUUAAUAAAAUCGAGAAAACUAACACUGUAUUUAGUAAAAGCUCCGAAGAACAGAAAUCAGUAAUGGAUAUAUUUGAAGAGUGCAACACCGAUUUUAAUUUGACUGAUUUGUCUCCCUUAUCAUCUGAGGCUCAACAACAGCAAUCGUUGAAUUUAUUAGCCUCCGAAAGUGCAGCGCUUUUCGAUGAAAUCCUGAAUGAUAAGCAACAAUGCACGAACAAUGACUGGGAAGGCAUAUCACAUGACACUUUUCUACCACUAAGCAUUUUGAAACAGAGUUUAGGAGAUGCUGCAUUAGGUAUGGGACAGAAGAGUAACACGGAUGACAAAAAAAAGAAUAAAACUGGAAAGCAGAAAGGUAACUCAUGGUUGGAUUUAUUCGCAGAAUUGGAUCCAUUGGCUAACAAUCCAAUGGAGAAUCUUUCCGGUGAUAGUAAUGCUUCUGCUUAAUUCACGAUGCAUUUUAAUAGUAUCGCCCUGUUACUUUAUAUUUGUAACAAUAAGGAAAACUGAUCAAACUCUCAAUUGUUAUCAAUGUGUGAUACGGUGAACAUAUAACUCACAGUAUUUUCACUUCAUACAUUUGUAUCAGUAAUUAACAGUUUUUAAACUUUUAAAUUUAACAC